AUCAACCAAUCGUGCUUUCUACUUAUCCAUACUAAACACUGGAUGAGAGAAAGGUAGUUAUGGAUAAAAAGACUGUGGCUUUUAUCACUAAGAUAUUUUGCAACGUCGUGCAACUACCUAAUCCCCCGUGAUUGCCGUUUUGGUGGCGUACACCCCUGUCAAGGAAAUUACGCGCAGCUUCAUUGGGAUAGCUCAGCUGAACCUCAAAAUCCCCACGACUCCGAUAUGCCUUUCGUUCACCCGCCUAGGAAAGGAGACGACGACUGCCCAAGCUUAGGGAAACGGAGGCACACCAGAUCGUCAGCUACCAUUCGUUAUUUGAGUGAGAGUGUGAAACAUCUUAUUGUUCCCUAGCCACGUUAUGAGGAUGAGGGGGUCAGAACCACCUGAGAUGUCUGGUGCGCUGCAAGGAAAUGCUUCAAUGUCUAGAUCCAGCAGGGAGGCCAGCGAAAACUUCACAGGCUAUCCUAGCGAUUCGGAUUCGGAUUCUGAUGGAGAUGAGUCUAUGUCUGUAUACAGACGAGAGGCGGGGGCGGGGGGGCGACGGGAACAAUCUUUCUUCAUUGUCUCAGAUCCCAAGAAACACCCAGAAUAUCGUUUGGGACCCCUUGAAAGGAUUGAAAUCAGGCCGAUCCUGAAAGCCUCUACAUUCAAGAUAUUAAAGCCAAAAAAGAAACGAAGAAAAUCAAUGAAUCAAUAUGCUAUAGAUGCAAUACGACGAAAUGGCGUCAAUGGAUCGGUUUUGGAUCUCCCGGAAGCUAAUAUCCGACUCCCAGACUCCGACUCUGAUAGUUUAAGCGGGGAUGAAAGUGGGCAAUCACAUCCACAAAACAUCAAAUGGAAAGAUAGAUCAUCUCUAGACGCCAUUAUUAGAGAGGGAAAUACAUCUCGUAAUUCCAAGGCUCUCCCGACAAUUAUGGAGCCUACCCUUCGCCAUUUUAAGUAUUCGGAUAUGAUUAUCCGCGCGUCUCCAGUCUUCAGACACUUUUAUAAGGUCCUCGAUGGCGUACCGUCACGCAACAAUAAUGUCGCAAACAUAACAUCUAUUGACUUUUCCGACAAUUUCCGAGAUUCUCCAACUGAGUUUAUUGUUGGUAGCAACGACAGCCAUAAUAUACGUAGGCUUGGGGCAAUUGGUCAGAUUCCAGAGAACGUCAAACAAAGGCUACUCAUAGUACCGGAUUUAGCGCCACAGAUUAUCAACCUUCUUGGGAACCUCUUUGGACUCAGCCCAGAAGUUUUUGAGGAGCACCUAAUAAAUUCAGGAUACGAGGGAGCGAACUAUGAUGAUAAGCCGGCACACACCUGGUCUACAGCAAAGAUGAAAAAAUCACACGCAUCUAUUAAGUGGUAUCGACCCGUACAGAGACGUCCCGUACCUCCAUACUCUACUCGGGACCGGGAGGUCCUCCUUGAUCCGACACAGGGUCGCUUGAAGCGCAGCGAAGACUACGACAGAGAUGGCCUUGUAUAUCAAACCCAGUCGAAUAUAUUUCGGUCUGAAUGGGAGAUGUGGACUGACCCAACGAUAACAGCUGAAGAUGAUAGGAUCUGUGGAUGGGAAGAGAGAGCUACUAUCUGGAGCCAAAAGCUUGAUGGCAGAGAUUGUUAUAUUGUGAUCCUAGUCCUUGAUCCACUGCCAGUCAUAGAAGAAGGAGUUGAGCAAGUCGUAGAAGCAGCGCGAGUCUAUCGCCCGGACAAAGACGGCUCUGACUCUGAUGAUUCUUUUGUUGAUCCUGCGGAAGACGCCGAACAUUUGUGGAAGCUAGCUGAAAAGCUUCAAACCCAACGUGCUUCUAAAAAACGUACUACACAGCUACAGAAAAUGUUGAACCCAAGUGGCAAGGAUAGGAAGCAGGACGAUGAGGCCGCCUCUGUACUGAGUCAGGCAUUUGAGAAGGUGAAGGUGAAGGUGCUUAACCUAGUACGCCUACAUCCUGUGUUCCAACAGAUUGUCCCGCGAGCGCACAUAGCAGUUGGUAUCGAUGAAGCGUUUCGCCACGCACCACUUUUAGAUGAACUGGGCCGCCAGCUGUUUAAUACCACGUCUACGAAGGACGAGUUCUGCCAAUGGCUAGAUUCAAUGCCUCCGGGAAGAGACGACCAUCAUUUUGCGUUAACUACGCCAUUAUAUCACAUCAUACAACAAGAUUCGAUAAACCUACUUAGUCACUUGCACAAGACUCUUGACGAGAUAAACCUCGAUAUGCUAAGUGACGCGAAGAUGGAGGAUCGAGUAGUCAUGUGGCGUCAGAUUAUAGCUCGGGCCCAGCUUGAGUUGCCAGAACUCAAACGUUCUAUAACAUCAUUCUUUACUUUCACCCAAUUACUCGGUGUGAAAGGAGGAUCUGACAUUCAGGGCCAGUUUAAAGACCUAUCAACUGGGAUUGACGAUAUGAUCCAAAGACUUCAAAUAGCGUCCUCGUCACUAACCUCAAAUAUGGCCUUACUUGAUAGCAGACGAUCUAUUGCCGAAGCUCAGGCCGUUACAAAAUUAACAGAGCUAGCCUUCUUCUUCAUCCCCUUAUCAUUUACUGCCACACUGUUUGGGAUGCAAGUCGAGCAACUGGCCACCCCAGCGCCGAUUUGGAUCUUUCUUGUCUUGGGCACUGGGUUUAUCGCUCUCUCAUAUCUUGUUCGACUCACCAUUAGGAGUGCCUGGCUACAUCGGUUGAUCAAGGCUUACAAAGAGAGCAUUGCGAUAUACGCCCAGAGCAAGCGCCAGCCCCUCAAACAAGGAAACGUACCAGCAUCCAUGUUUGUGCGAUGGGCGGGACAUAUGGUAGCCCAUGGACUAGCUGCCAACCACAGAGCAAUGGUUACGUGGAUCAGUUCGUCGCGUCCUGGUAGGAUUAUCGUUGGUGCUAGUCUAGUUUCUUUCAUCGUGGUACCUCUCGCCGUUAUAUGGACAAGGCCGCUGGCACCGGGAAUAAGGGCAGCGAUAACUGCGGUUAUCGUGUUGCUUGUCGUGACUACGGUCGUACUCAAUGUUAUGUGGAGGAUUGUGUCAGCAGCGAGGGGUUCAAAUGAUAGAUAUGGUAGUACUACUUAUACUCAUGCCUCUGGCUCGGGCUCGGGUUCGGGUUCCCUUUAGGUCUACGGAAAAGAGAUGCCAAGGCGAGCUCUAAAACAAGAAUACCAUAAUACGCUAUGUAUAGAAUAAUAUUCUACACUACACGGUCUAUUAGCCUUUUACGCCCAUUUUUACAGCGCUUUGCCUGGCACCACGUCAUCAAUAUUCUAUGGCUUGAAUAGUCUGAAUACUCAAAACCAUAACCAAGAUCCCCAACAUCGCAACGACAACCAGAAAUCCCCCCCCCCAUCCCAGCACCAUAGCCGCCGCGCCCACCCCGCCCCUCACGGCUCCAUACGCCAAGCUCCCGCCCAUACUCGACGCCGUUGCCGUCGCCACGUGCUGCCAGAGUAUCGAGAUCAUCAUGAGGAUUGCCGCGAUUAAAAUCGCUACAAGCGUUAUCUUCGACACAGCGCGCGACGGAAAAGGUCGCACUUCGACCUCAGACCCGUCGUCGUCCUCACUAGUAUGCCAUUGAGGAUAGGUCACUAGUAGGAUGAGGCUGAUGACCAUGAGCGCGAUGGAGGCAAAUCUGUAGAUGAUAGUUAGCAGGCGGUUAAAGUGGGGGUGUGAGGGGGGGCAAACAUGAGCCCAUCGAAGACGAUGGUGUCGCGGAAGGUCUUGGCGAUCCAGAG